UUCGCUUUUAGCUCUUAACUUUUUCCAUAAGUAAUAAUCAAAAUUAAUCGAUGGCCACAGCUGGAAACACUAGCAAAACUCCAUCUGCAAUUAGUGUGCAUUUUUCCCAGCUAAUUUAUCCAAAGCCCUUGCCGACCCUGCAGCUGGGUCCUGUUAAGGAUGAGCUCGGCUUUACGCUCAGCGAGCGCUUGGCUCUGCGGCAGGCAUGGAACUUGAUCAGAUCUCGAGAGCGACGCAUUGGCCAGGAUGUAUUCCUUGCCUUUCUCAACGAGUGGUAUUGGAGCAUUUAUAAAUUCAGAAAGGGCAAGGAAAUCAACUUGACGCACUUGCACGGCCAUGCGCUGACAUUUAUACGCUUUAUGGGCGCUCUGAUCGAUGAGCAGGAUCCAAUCAUGUUCCAGUUGAUGUUGAAUGACAACAACCAAACGCACAGCCGCUGCCAAGUGCGCGCGGAGUACAUUGGGCUACUGGCCCAAGCCCUCACGAACUAUGUGCUGAAGGAACUCGACAAGGUCAGCUCGCCAACGUUGGAGCGCGGCCUGCAGCGUUUAGUUGAGAAAUUCAGAUCCUAUCAGGAGAUCGAAGUGGAUAAAAACAAAUCAGGCUACAAUCGUGGUGUGAGCAAGAGCAACUUUAGCUUGCAACGGACCACCAACGGCGCGCCACCAUACGAAGUCUGACACUGACACUGACACUGACACUCAUUGGGGCCAUUUCCUCGUCCAAAAUUGAAUUGCGAUUAGUUCCCCAAUCAGCAGCAACGUCAUAGAAUCGACAGCUACAAUCCAUUCAACGCCAGUAAGGCAACAUGGAAAUUAUAUCUUAUACUGUAUGCCUUAUACCGUAUACAGCUGCCGCUCUGUAUACAACGCUGCUGCUGCCCGCUGCCCGCUGCCCACU